GUGCAGUUUCACGGCGCGAGUGGACAAGUGGAGACAAUUGGCUGAAACGCGGUUUAGGCAGUGAGAAAAACAUCUGUAUAGUACUGAAGGAUACAGUCGAAACGUUUCACAUGGGGAGCUAAAGAACAAAAUGACGUGUAUGCGUUACACUAUGUUACUGUUCUCAGUUUUGGAGUUAUUGUUGUUUGGAUAUACAGCUGGUUUGUUGAGCUAUGAGAGCGCGUCUCCGGGCGCGAGACUCCCGCGUGCUGCGUUGGAUGAGACGUUGGAGGCGACCACCAUCCCAAACCACUUACAGGAGGACGACAGAGACUCCAGGUUUUCACCUUUUACCCCCACAUUGAGCAUCGCAUCCAGGGACUUGGGGACCACUGAAAAAACUAACCAACUACAGCCCUUCUGGCUGACCACCACGGCUGCGCCUCUGACCAAAACAAUGGACCCAACCUCCAAAAGCAGUAAAGUCAAAGAAAACUCCACACUAAGCAUUACAGUUAAACCCACUUCUUCCUCUCCAUUAAGUGGCACAAAAAACCCAACAACACCUGCAUUGGAUACUACUACAAACAGUUCAUGGGCAGUGAAAAGCACCUCAGUGCCUCCUGUCGCAACCACUGAGAGAGGACAUCAGUGUAACUGUAGUGCUGAGGGUUCAGAGGACCAAGAUACUUGUGACUCUGUCACAGGUCAGUGUUUAUGUCUAACUGGAUACAUGGGGCAGCAUUGUGAUGAAUGUGCUGAUACGUAUUUCACCAACGGAACCGGAGGCUGUCAGGCCUGUGACUGUGACUCCUAUGGAGCCGUAGGACAACUCUGCAAUAGUUCAGGCAUGUGCAUCUGCAAGAGUGGAGUACAUGGGGACAAAUGUGAUGACUGCCGCCCAGGCUUCUCGCUCUUCAGCAGCACGGGGUGCCAACCAUGCCAAUGCAAUAAUCAUAGCAGCUACUGCCACCCACAGUCAGGCAUCUGCGUGAACUGCCAAGGCAACACAGAAGGUCCCAGCUGUGAAAAGUGCAGGUAUAAUUUCUACCGAAGGCCCGGUUCUCCUGUGACAGAGCCCUGCAUCCCCUGUCCCUGCUCCAGCGUCACCUCCACAGGCAGCUGUAAGCUCGACUCAAGCGGCCAGCCUUACUGUGUCCAGUGCAAGCCAGAGUACCAGGGUCCCAACUGUGAGCAGUGUAGCGAUGGCUUCUACAACGCCGACAGCAUCUGCCUUCCCUGUAACUGCAGCGGGAACGGAGACCCCCGCAUAUCCCCUCGGAUCUGUCACCCAGACACGGGCCACUGCCUGAGCUGUAUCAACAACACUACGGGGCCGCACUGCGAACGCUGCGCGGAAGGCUUCACAGGGGACGCGCUCGCCAGGAACUGCACUCCUACAGUCGUCCACACUACUCCUUCAACCACUACCCGCUGGUUUCACUACACCACCAUGACCCCCAGCCCAAAUGUUACAGCACAGUUCACCACCGUCUCCACAACUUUGCUAAACAGCCUAGGAAGCUCCACCCCCAACACCACCACCACCACAGUGACUCCACUUCCGUGGAACCAGUUCAACAUCAUUGUCCUCGCGGUCAUCAUCAUAGUUGUCAUUGCUCUCUUGGCUGUGGUAGGUGGUGUGUACACUUAUCGAGAGUACCAGAACCGUAAGCUGAACGCCCCAUUCUGGACCAUCGAGCUGAAGGAGGACAACAUCAGCUUCAGCAGCUAUCAUGACAGCAUUCCGAACGCAGAUGUAUCAGGGCUUUUAGAAGAUGAAGUUAGUGACAUGGGCAAUGGACAGCUUGCUUUAACCGGUCCUGGAGGUUUGUAUAAAGUGUAACUGAUAUGGUCCUUUACAGAAAACUGGUUUGCUACGUCAACGCUGGCCUGACGCUUGGCAGAUUGUGGACCUACGGAUAUGUGGAUUUAUUAUUUUUUUUAUUUUAUGCUAAUGGACCACGGACAAGGUUUUCCCACGGGACAAAAUGCUAACACUCACACAAGCACUUCAGAGCAAGAAGACAAAGUAAUGAACGAGGAACAUGAGCAGUGCAUUUAACUGAAAAGCCAAGUUAAACAUCCUGCGUUAUGGAAGGCCUUGGCCGAAUCUCAGUUGAAACAUGAAGUGACGCAGAGACUAAUACACGUGUGACCGAAAUCUACACAAUGAAGCAUGUCCGAUUGAGUAUUAAUACAGCGUCAGUGAGACAUGCAUGACGUUUCAUCACAAUCAAAUGCAUCUGCUUAUUAAUUUAAUUUGCAUACUCACAGUUAUGUCCAUUCUAUGUAAAUGCUGUUUUAAAUGCACACAGUGAACAUUCGUUUUCGACAAACUCAGGAUGGAUAUUUUUUUAUUUUGGGGUUUUUGUGUGUGUGUGUGUGUGCGCAAAACACACCCUUUUUUAGUGUCGCUUCUUAAAUGCUUUUACAGAUGCAGGACUUUAGGCGGCGCCAUUACACUGGACCUGGCAUACAGAGCAGGCCUGUGUAUAAUGCAAUGGAAAAAUAUAAUACUAAAUGGCAGAUGCUGAAUGACUUCUGCAUUCACUUCCAUUUUUUUGGCAGGCGCUUUCUUGCCGAAGCAAAUUGCACGAAGGGAUGACUCGUUUUUAUCAGGCCAAAGAGGAUCUGCGUGUCAGUCUCAGAUGGAGAGAGCCUGACUAAUUCCUUUAACAGUUUUACAACGGCAAAGUGGAUUUAGAAGACUGUUUCAUGAUGUAUUGAAUUGUACUUGUUUUAUUUAUUUUCCAGAAAUGUUCUCCUUAAUCCGCUUUUCCUUCGGGACUUAUCAUCGGCCACCUGUUAAAAGGUGCCAUGCCUGGUUGUGUGGACUUGACACAACUUGUCUGACUGGGAGAGUUUAAGUUUCGGUUAAUUUAUUUGGACGAACCUCUCUUUAUUUUGAAGGCUUCGGUCUGUUCGUGCGAGUCGCAGUGGAGGGGAACAUAUAUGAUCACAUGAGCAAUAAUGCUUGACAGCCGUACCGGACAGUAAUCAAUCACUGCCAUCUGACAGGCUAAAACAAGCUGAGUAAGUGGUUUAGUGAUGAAUAAGUGCGCCUGUGACUGCGUGGGUGUACAUUUGGGAGCUGAGAGGAUUAAUGUAAUAAUAUUAUUGGAACUGGAUAAAAGACAUAGAAAUGCCAUGUCAGUCCGUAAAAGAAUAUCCAAAAGGUUGUGUAUGAAUGAGUCUGUUUUUGAUAGGAGAUGGCCUGAACUUGAAGAUAAGAGCAAUAGUUCAUCUGUGAUUGUAUGUCAGAUAACUCUUGGGACAUCUACUUUUAGCUCUCUGCCUACUUUCCCCGUCCUGAAGCUGUCUUUAUGAGAGGUGUGUUGGACUAUGUAAAUAUUAGAUGUACAGAAUGUUUGUCAUGAGGAGGCUGCUAAUGUAUUGGUACGUAUGAGGACGUGUCCUGUUUCUGUGACCAGCAUACUCAUGCGCACACAUGGAGACUGACGUCGUAGAGGUGUCUUGCAUAUGUAUGCAUUGUGCAGUAUGCAUGGUGCACCACAUUCACAACUAACUCUGAAAGAUUUCAAUAAAAGCCGGAUUUCCUAGAA